AUGUCCUUUCCUUUUUACAUUCGCUCUCCGAAGUUAAAUCGCACAAUCAAUACGCGGGACUCACUACCAGGGAACAAGCACGCGUCCGCGUCCUUUGCCACUGAACCAUUCAACGAGAACCAGUCCCACAAUCCAAGGGACUCCUCACGUUCGCGUGGCUUCAACAGGAUGCGUAUCAUUCCGUUCCUGGGGAAGCGGCGCAAGUCGAUUGCAACCCUCCGGUCGAGCAAACUACCAGAAAGAGAUGAAGAUGGUUCGAGACAUGGAGGACAUCAUAAGUCUGUAUCCCAGUUAGCGAAUGAGACGGCUGCUCGUUUUGCGAGAUCCUCUCUCGGAGCUGCUGGUUCACGUUCUACUGGCAAUCUGGAAUUAGCACCCACAUUCGAUGCAUCCCCUUUCAAGCCCGGAAAGGAAUCUGCAUAUGCAACACCAACAAAGGGUAGAUCCGCUGAUGCGCGCCAUACUAUGCUUCCGUCUGGAAGCACCCAGACUUCGACUCCUGAGCAGACAAACUUCAAAAACAAACGUGCCUCCGAGAAACCUGCCAAAGCAUCUUUUCUCUCUCGCAUCACCUCUCGUCCCUCCUUAUCUGCUCGAUACUCCUCUGCAGAUCUUAAGUCUGGCACGAAAGCUCGUAGGACUGAUGAUUCUCUUAAGGAGUAUCAAGCUGGGUUCUCGUUGGCUUCUAAACGCAAAGAAAUAGUACACCCCGUAUGUAUAUCAAACGGGCAAAGCCUCGGCGAUGACAAGGACUUCUUCACUUCUCCACGCGUUGCUCCAACGCCCCCUAAUUUGAGCUUCACUUUUCCGGAUAAUUCUCCACUCGGAACUCCUCUUGGACCUUCUCAGUCUACCGCUACUCUUCCAGGUCAAAAGCACGGCACUCUCUUCAGUGUAGCAGAAGCAAUUAAGUCUCCUACUCAAGGAACCUCCAUACACGCAAACCAAACGCAGGUUAUUAUGAAGUGUGCCUCAAGUCCGACGGCUAUCGCAAGUCCUGCCUCUCUCUCGAAUGCAGUAUCUCUGAAGUCGUCUAGAAGGCACUCUGUCCUGACUCAGGAUCAAAAACUUUCACCCGAGACUAAGAGGAUGGUGAUGAUUGCCGAUUCUACUACUGUCGAAUCUCCUACCGCAAGACCUAGAGGCUCCCAUGUUCGCAUUGGUAAAGAAAAAGUGACGAUAUCUGUUGCCAACAUGUUGGAAGCUGAGCUUGGCGUUGAAGUCGGUGACAGCGAGGACUCAUCUCAUUACGAUGACAGCUAUGAAGGUAGUCGCCAUCUUGGGAAUCAGGCUGCGUACGCGACUCAGGGACGGUCAGUCGUAAAUCCACCUGUGAAUUAUGCCCCGAAUUCAUCUGUGCCUCCGUCUGUAUCGGGUGGCUUUGGCCCCGCAGUCAAAUUUCCGAGGAUCGAGGACAAGAAGGAAAACGAAUUUACACUAGAGUCUCAGAGCCCUUUGUCCGCGUUGAUGUCUGCGUCUUCUGGUGAUAAUCCGUAUUCGCCUCUUGGUGAAUCUAAAGUCGGCCCCCAGUCUUUCUUAGUCGGUAAAGCCGAUGGAGCACUUGCGUAUAGUACACUCCAGGCUACAGUUCCCUACAAUCAGCGAUUUGUUACUCACGCGCAACCAGGGUCCAUUCAAUGUUCAGAAAUGUCGUGUACGCGAAACCCAACUUCCCAGGCCUGUGAGAUUGAUCGCCUUGAUCAUAUUUCUGAGAAGUCUUUCCCGUUACAGCAGGACACUUCACGCGUCAUUCUGAGUAAGGACAAGAAAGGAAGAUCCUCUGGCUAUGACAAUAACUCUGUGACUACAUCUCAUCUGCAACAGGCUUUGGAUGUACAAUGUGCACGGUUUGACAAGCUGGCAGGCCAUUUACUUCAAAUCAUUCAGCGUCACCAGAUUGAGAAGUUUCAGCUCGAAAGUCAGAUCGUAGCUCUGGAAAAAGAGGCACGGCGCAAUAAGAGAGAAAUCCUAGCGCUCCGGAAGCUCAUUACCUACAACAGCAAGAUGUCCUCGCAGGAAGAACGGCACUCUCGUCGGCUCGUACGUGUUGCGUCCAUGCAGAGCAUCCUAUCGAAUAUUUCUGUAAACGACGAGGUGGUGGACAUAUCUGUCGUGAUGGACAUGCUUGCUCGUGCCAGCCAUCGCGAUUCUUUGUUUUCACCAGAUGUGUCGAAAGGCGGAAGAGCGAGUAUUGAUCUAAGUCCCAGACUGGUACCAAUGAAGGCUGUGAAGACGGACCUCCGUCGUUCGAAGACAAUGCCUGACUUGCACAAAUCGUCGGCAAUGACACCAAGCCCCGUCCAGUCUCUAUUGCCGCAAGAUGUUUCACCAGAUGUCAGUGGACUAGGGUUGGGCCUUGAUUUUCCUCUUCCGGAGCCGCUCAAGCUGCCAAGCAUUGCAAGUGCUAUCAUGUCCUCUGCACAAGGCGAUAGCUCAUCUGUCCCUGUGCUCACUACGGCACCUACCACAUCGUCUGGGCUGUCACUCGCGACCGAGCCGACACUGGGGAACUUCACUAACAGCAGCCCCGGUCAAAUGGACUCCAAACCCGGAGGAGCAAAUAGUAUCUCUGAACGAAGUGGACGCAAGAAAAGGAUGGCGGGCGAGUGGCUGAUUGGGUCUGCACAUGGAUUCCAUUGA